AUUACCUAUAUAGAUUUUAAAAUGUUGUAACUAUGAUAAAAACCAGCAGCAAAAUAGUAAAGUUAUGAAUUUGACAUAAAAAAAUAGUAAUUUGGGCCAAAAUGUAUUCAAUAAUUUUGUUUCUGCUUUGUUCUACAUCUGUUUUUUGUGACUACGAUGAAAAUACUACAUUUCCAUUAGAGGACUUCAAAUGCUCUUUGCCUGAUGUCACAAGUGUAGAUUUAAAUUUGGAUAUCACUAGAUUCAGAUCGGAUUUCUCCAAGAUAUCUGAAGUUAAAUUCCCGGGAUUAAUUGGCCCUCUGAAUGAGCGGCUGAUAUGUAAAAUCAAAUGUAUUGAUGGAAAUUGGGUUGGACCUUUGUGUUCUACAUCUCCAGAUGGCCGAUUUCAACCAAUUUUGCGAGAAUGCCUUUACCGUAAUGAUCAUCCUCUUUUGGCUAUCUCCUUCAAGAAUUCUUCAAUUGAUAAAGAUACACAUUUCCCGCAUGGCUCUGUGAUAGUAGCCCGCUGCAGGCAUUAUGGACUGUACAAAUUGAAAGGAGAUAACUUGUUGCGCUGCGAGAACGGGGAAUGGAUGCCGAAACUUCCAGAAUGUGUGCCCACGACCCUAGUGACAAAUUUUACUGGUGACGCGCCCCCAACAAUCCAGUACACAGUGGUGAGUGGAUCAGCAGUGGUGGAGCCGUCUGGGGAACUGUUCGUGUACCCGGACAGCACAAUCAGACUCGACUGUAUGGCCCCUAGGGCCCUGGGCGAGCCAGACUGGAGUUGGACGCAGGCUUUGGGCAAACACAAUGCUGCGUGGUCACCUGACGAGGGCGAAAAAGAGACCCACUACAGGCUGACCCUAAGCAAGAUGUCGGCGAGACACAGCGACCAGUACACGUGCACGUCAGCGGGCGGGCACACUAACACUGUACUCGUUAAAGUUGUUAAUGUAGUGUGCCCUCCGGCCAACAUUUCCUCAGCCCACGUGCGUCAGUUCGCACAAGGCAACAAAUUGGGACAUUCAGUGCACUUCAGCUGCCAACCGGGGUACCACCUCAACGGUUCUGCUAUACUCACCUGCAUGGGCGAUGGUCAUUGGUCAGCCUUGCCCCCUACUUGCGAGGAAACAUUCUGUCCCGCUCUAACCUCCUUAGGGCCACAACUAAGCGUGGUGGAAUACAACUCUUCAUUCGGGGGGCGCGCAGUGUUCCAAUGUUCCUGGGGCUACCGCUUGCUGGGAGCCCCAGGCCUGGAAUGUGAACUGGAUGGAAGGUGGUCUGGUGGAACACCGGUUUGCAUACCUAUAUAUUGCCCCGACCCUAUAGUCCCCGAGAAGGGUAUACUCCUAACGGAACCAUCUACCAAGCACGGAAAAUAUGUGGUCGGUGACCUCAUGAUCUACUCCUGCGAGGAAGGAUACGAAGUGGUGGGGGAAUCGUCUAUUGUCUGCACAGAAAACGGCUUCUGGUCCCAUCCACCCCCCUUCUGUCUACCACCAUCGGAAAUAUCCAAGUCUGAUACCAUAUACAUUGAAAACACUACUCUUGUACACUUUGAAGAUUAGUUUUAUCAUUCCAAAUUUAUUGUAUUGAUAUUAAUAUAAAAAGUUGAAUUAUAUAUAAGUAUAUUGAUAAAACCUUUACUCACUGUUAAAUUAUAAGUUAGGUUCUUACAGUAUUGCAGAACGCAAUAAUAGAAUGUGUUAAGUGUGAAAAAUGAUGGAUUCUGAAAUAUGUAGAUCUCCUUAUUAUGUUACAUGUAAUAAUUAUCGAUCAUGUGUGUAGAGUGAUAAGCGUUAAGGAAACGAGUGAUUAGUAAUGAUCACAGCAAGUGAAAAUCUAGUAUCUGCCUACCCCAAUGGCAAACAAACAUGAUAAAAAGUAUUGAAUGCUAAGUGGACAGUGUCGCAACUGCAAUAAGUUAUUUUUUGAAAAAUAAAAAUUACUGUGUGUUUCUUACCUUUAAAUCGAGGAAAACGUGAUAUGAACCACCUCACAUGGCAUCUUAUGCCAUUCCAAAAAUAUUGUGCGAUUCAAAAGUUUAAUACCUCGUAAGACAAGAGAAUUAAUUUCUGUUAUUAAAAUUCUCUUGCGACUUGUUUGACUACCAACUAAAAUAAGCGUUCAAAUGUUUUAUUUCAUUUUCUAUGUGGUAUGUUAAACAAAUGAAUAACCAAAAGUUGUUAGGUAUAAUAUCUAAUUAAUUGUAGGUAAAAAUGUAUUCAAUAGUCUGUGUUAUAAGUAUUUGAAGU